GGCUCAGCGCAUCCGCUCCGCCGCGCCGGCUGCCGCAUCGGGCCGCGCCACCGGUGCGAUUUGCGAGGCGAGCUGCCAGGAUGGCCGACGCCCCUGCUGGCGGCCCCCCCCCUGCUGCAGCGGCGCCUGCAGGCGACGCUGCGGCCGCUGCCGGAGAGAACAAGGGGGGGCUCGACAGCGCCGACAUCUGGGGCGAGGACGACAUCCUCACGGCGGAGCUGAAGCGCGCGAGCGCCGACGAGAUUCAGCAGCGCAUCAGGCUCCUCGAGAACGAAGUCCGCAUUAUGAAGAGCGAGCAGCAGCGCCUGCACCACGAGAUGAAGAGCAUCGAGGAGAAGAGCAAGGACAACAAGGAGAAGAUCAAGCUCAACCGCCAGCUGCCGCACCUGGUGGCCAACGUGGCAGAGAUCUUAGACCUCGAGCCGGACGAGGACGACGAGGACGGGGCGGCGCAAGACGUCGACAUGAACCGCGGCGGCAAGAGCCUUGUGGUGAAGACCACCACGCGGCAGACCAUCUUCUUGCCCGUGAUCGGCCUGGUCGACGCGGAGGAUCUGAAGCCCAACGACCUGGUGGGCGUCAACAAGGA